AUGGAUAAGUCAGUGGAUGUUCGUAAAGCAGCAGAAACAUUCUUUGGAGAACUAGUGAGAGUCUAUGGGGCAGAAAUGGUCAUGAAAAAUGUACAAGAUAUCCAAGGACCUGCUUUGACAAUUGUUCUUGAACGGUUGAAGUCAUAUGGUCCAAUUCCAGAAAUACAUGAUGCUACAAAAACAGCAGGCCCAAGUUGGCAAGCAGUGAAAAAAAAGGUUGGAAAGUCUAAUGGCCAUGGAUCAAAACAUGGAAGCAAAGUUGUAUCUUCGAAAGUGGAUUCAACAAAGGACUCAAAGCCAGAGCCUCAAGCUUUGCUAAAUGUCAAGGACUCUAAUAAGGAUAAACGGGAGAGAAUUGUGGUUCUUAGGUUUAAAUUUGAAGAGUUGCGAUUAGAGCAGAUUCAAGAUCUUGAGAAUGAUCUGAUGAAGUACUUGAGGGAGGAUUUGCACACACAGCUUUUGAGCACGGACUUCAAAAAACAAGUUGAUGGGAUUGAGAUGCUUCAGAAGGAACUUCCUUCAAUAACGAAGGAGAUAAUUGAAGUUUUAGAUAUACUAUUAAAGUGGUUUGUUUUGCGAAUCUGUGAAUCCAACACGUCUUGUCUAUUUAAGGUACUGGAAUUCCUCCCAGAGCUAUUUGACACAUUGAGGAAUGAGAACUACACCAUGAAUGAAUCUGAAGCCUCCAUUCUUCUUCCUUGUUUGAUUGAAAAGAGUGGUCAUGAAAAUGAGAAAGUGCUAGAAAAAAUGCGGGAACUAAUGAAGCAGAUGAUAUAUUGUUAUUCUGCUUCUAAAACAUUCCCAUAUAUCAUGGAAGGUUUGCGUUCUAGAAAUAACAGAACAAGAACUGUGUGUGGUGAUCUUAUUGGAUUUUUGCUCGAUAAUCAUUACGUUGAGAUAACUGAACAACUAAAAUCCCUCAAUACAGCUCUAGAUAUCGUUACAUAUUGCUCUCCUGAUGAGGCUGUGGAAGGUAUGAAAAUUUUGUGCCAAGAAUUGGAAACCGCAACCAAUGACCCUGAAGGCAGUUUAAUGGAUGAUUUAGCCAAAGAUGCUGACAGAAUUGUUUGUUGUUUAGCAUAUAAGGUGGCAAUCACUUUUGACUUCAGCUUGAUCGGUGAAUCUUCUAGGCCGUGUAAAUAUGUUCUUAACACACUCAUGCAGAUAUUUCAAAAUAAAAGACUUGCUCAUGUGGUCAGCGAGAGAACACUUGAGAAUCUGAUUACAAAGCUUUUGCUUUGGCUUUUAGAUGAAAGGGUUCCAAGGAUGGAUAAUGGUAGUCAACUUCUGAAAGCAUUAAAUGUUUUAGUGCUCAAGAUAUUGGAUACUGCAGAGCGGACUUUGUCAUUCGUGAUACUCAUUAGUCUCCUAAAACCACAAGGAUAUCCCUUAAAUGAGUCUUUUGCUACAAGAAGUAUCAACUUCUCUGAGUUAGUGGUCAAAUGCUUGAUCAAACUUACAAAGGCUCUUGAAAAUACCAUAGAUGAGGUCAACAUUGACCGCAUUCUCCAAAGCAUUCAUGUAUAUUUGGAAGAACUCGGGGUGGAAGAAAUCAGAAGAAGAGCGGGAACGGAGGAGAGGCCUUUCCGCAUGGUGAAAACUCUUUUAUAUGAGCUUGUAAAGCUUCGUGGGCCCGCAAUAAAAGAUAAUCUUUCUAUGGUCCCAAUAGAUAUGGAACCCCAACCUAUAAUACUUGCCUACAUUGAUCUUAAUCUUCAGAUCAGAAUGUUGAUGCCAGCUGGUCAAGCACAUUCGAUGCCCAAUAAUCCAAUGCCUACGGGUACCACACAUUCUGCAGAAUGCCCAAUUGAAGGUUGAUAUAUUUUCUUAACUUGAAAAUGAAAUUAUGUGAAGCUUUGUGGACAUACAUUUAUAAUCUCGAGGACAAAAUAGAAACCUUUUGCUGCUUAUUGGACUGAGAUCAGGACUCAUGUGAUAAAACAAAAAAAAAAAGGUUCCUUUUUUAUGUUAAUUAUGAGGGGUGCUCUGGACUUCAUGUGAUGACAAUUUUGACUUGAAAGUUAAAUUAUGUUUUAUUUUCAAUGGGCGAAAUUAGUGACGGUUGAAAACAUAGCUAAAAAUCGAACUGGCGAAAGUAUACAUAUAAUUGUAUAUACUACAUUAAAUUCUUAAUAUAAUUACAACAAAUGGAC